AUGUGCUACUACUGCUGCUGCCGCCAGCAGUUUGUGGUCAUACUGGUCUGCCUGCUCUAUAUCCUGCUCGUUCUCAUCUUUUUCAUCAACGUUUUUCUUGCCGAUCGCAACAUGAUGCGUGCCAAUGGCAAUCCUAUGAUGGCCGGCGGUCCAUCCGGAGGUGUCGGCGGCAUGCCGGGCAUGCAUCCGGGACACCAUAAUCCGUACGAUAUGCAUGGCUAUCAUCACUACAACAACUAUCAUCCGCAAAUGGAUCCCAAGCAACAGCAGCAGCAGCCAACACGCAAGACACCCAAUCAACAGCAGGCAGAACAGGAUAUUUACUACUAUUUCAAUCAUGUAUUCAGGCGGCGAUGAAUUACAUACACCCACAUACGCGUAUAUAUAUAAAUACAUAUAACAAAACACACGUAUAUAUAGAGUAUAUAUAGAUAUAUAUAUAUAGUCAGCAGGCCAAUGUGUAUAAACGCAAAAAAGAGAAUUAUGAAAUCACAAGAAUGAAAAUCAGAAAUCACUUUCAAAAAUUUCCAUAUUUAAACUACACACAACAAAUAAUAAUAAUAUUAAAUAUGCCACAACAAUUGCAAAGUAAUAAAAAAAAGUUUUGUAAUUUUACAAAUGAAAAAGAAGAAAAUCAGUUUUGUGAAAAGCGACCAAGCUAAACGCAGCCAAAAUUUGCAUUUAUCUACAAUACAACGCGACGCAUGGUGAAUGGCCGUAAAUUUAGAAAUAUUUAUUGAACUCUACUAUAUAUAUAUACAACUAAUCAGUUAAUAUACCAUAUACAAUAUAUAUAUAUAUAUACCAGAUAUGCCAGAUAACUCUAACGUAAACAUAUACUUUAUAUAUGAUGCUCUAGCUAAAUCAAGUUUUUAACUCAAUUCGAAAGGAAAACAGCAAGCAGCUUCUAAUUGUGAAUUAGAGUCUAGUAUUGUGUAAUCGGGCGGCUAUAUAGUAGAUACACUCUCACACACGGCUAAAUUUGUGCUUUUUAAAAGCUUGUCGAAUGCAAUUUUCCCUACAAUUUUGUCAAUUUAUUGGAAAAGCGAACGAUAACAAAAAUCAAA